CCGCGAAAAUGAUCAAAGCCAGCUCUGCAUCAAUUGUUAUUCUUGUCCUGAGCCUAAUGGCUCUGAGUUCGGCGGAACCGCUCCGCCGGCGAUUCUCCGCCCGUCAGGAGGAGGCUCCGCCCAGUCCUUCGCCCACGGGCUAUCCGGAGGCGGGAAUCACCCCAAGUGUUCCCUUCGAUCUGCCCAGCUCGACCGCCAAGCCGGAGAGUACUUACCUGCCACCGGAUAACACCUAUGGACCUCCGGAUAACACCUACGGACCACCAGAUAACACUUAUGGACCACCCGAGGUGGACUCUGUUCCUGUGCUUGAUUCUCAGCCGGAGCCUCAGCCUGAGAAUCCCAUCGAGACCGAUGAUAUUCCAGAAACUGAGGAUGAGUCGGUGGAUGGUGCCAAGCUGCAGCCAGCUGAUGCGGACGCUGAGGAGGAUCAGCCCCUGGUGGAGGUGGCUGAGGAUGGAACUGUCAUUGUCGUAGCCAGCAGUCUCGACCAGCCUCAGACCGCCCAGUCCGCCCGACUCUACCAGCGGUUCCCCCAAGGACGUCGUUAUCGGCAGCCCGUUCCUCAGCGACUGAUCCUGCGUCGCAGUUGGUAGAUUUCAAUAAGAUUUUUAAAUUCAAAGACUAGAACUAAAUGUUAAGUGACCUAAAACAUUCAAUUAAUCAUUAAAUCAAACACCAUUAAA